UCAACAAUGGACAUGAAUGACCACAUCACCUCCUCCCUCUUCCUCUCACUUCUACUCUUCACCAUCGUCUCUCUUCCUCUAAUGACAUCUCAAACUCCGUCUUCUUCCAUUAAUGGCGGUGCAUGGCGUUUACUACAAUCGAGUAUCGGCAUCUCAGCCAUGCACAUGCAACUCCUACGUAACAACAAAGUCGUCAUCUUCGAUCGAACUGAUUUCGGCCGUUCCAACCUCUCUCUUCCUUCUGGUCAUUGCCGAUACGAUACCUCCGAUAUGGCACUUAAGGUCGACUGCACUGCACACUCUUUGCUUUAUGAUAUCAACUCCAAUACCUUCCGUCCUUUAACGGUGCAAACUGACACGUGGUGUUCAUCCGGCGCCGCUCUCCCUAAUGGCAAUCUCUUGCAAACCGGCGGCUUCAACGACGGCGAUCGGGUAAUUCGCUUGUUGGAUUCAUGCGAUGAUUGUGAUUCUGAUUGGCUGGAAUCCCCUAAUUAUCUUUCCGUCCGGCGAUGGUACGCGACUGACCAGAGUCUUCCCGACGGUCGCGUGAUCAUCAUUGGUGGACGAAGACAAUUUAAUUACGAAUUCUACCCUCGAAGCUCUAGGGACUCGAGGGACGCUCACCGGCUCAAGUUCUUGAGACAAACAAGAGAUGAAGACGAGAACAAUCUUUACCCCUUUGUGCAUCUCUUGCCCAACGGUCACUUGUUCAUCUUUGCUAACACUAGAUCCAUAUCGUUCGAUUACGUUCGAAAUCUGGUGGUGAAGGAGUUUCCUCCCAUCACCGGCGGCGAUCCCCGGAACUACCCGAGCUCUGGAUCGUCGGUGCUUUUGCCUCUCCACUUCUCCUUCGAGCCAAGGAGUCCCGUGGAGGCUGAGGUUUUAAUCUGCGGUGGUGCACGGAGGGGUGCUUUCCGGCGGGUUGAAAAUGAUAACUUUGAACCCGCAUGUAACACAUGUGGAAGAUUGCGGGUCACCGACCCGGAUCCCAAAUGGGUCAUGGAGGUGAUGCCGAUGGCACGUGUGAUGGGUGAUAUGCUUCUUCUUCCCACCGGCGACGUCCUGAUAAUUAACGGCGCCGGGAGUGGUACGGCCGGUUGGGAAAGAGCGAGCGAACCGGUCACUGAACCGGUGAUUUAUAGUCCAACCAAUAAGAGAUUCUCGGUCAUGAAUCCUUCCACGAUACCAAGACUCUACCACUCAUCGGCUGUGUUGUUACCUGAUGGGCGUAUUUUAGUGGGAGGCAGCAAUCCCCACGUAUAUUAUAACUUUACCGGCUUAAAGUUUCCGACGGAGCUCAGCUUAGAGGCCUUCUCGCCGCCGUACCUGGCGGAACAGAACAUGGGGCUCCGGCCAUCGGUGACAGCUGUUAACCAUGUUUUGGGUUACGGACAGCAUUUAACAGUGGAUUUCACGGUGCAGGAGUACCACAACGCGAGCGGCGUAUCUGUUACGAUGUUAGCGCCGUCGUUUACUACACACUCAUUUGGAAUGAAUCAGAGAAUGGUGGUUCUGAGAGUGACGGAGGUUGUACACGUGGCUAAAAGGACGUAUAGAUUGAUGGCUUUUGGGCCGGCAACGGCUGAGAUUGCACCGAGUGGGUACUACCUCUUGUUUGUCUUGCAUGCGGGUAUACCAAGUUCGGGGGUAUGGAUGAAGGUGCAGGGAGGACCUUGACGACUGACGUCCUUCUGGUGUUGUUCUGUGACAUGACAGGGAUUGUUACGUAGUCCAUGUUGGGCUUAAAGCCUAAGUGAAGCCCAACCCAUGUGGGCUUGGAUGGGCUUUUUGGGUAGUACCAGAAAUAUAUAGCUUCCAUCACUAUUAAGAUUAAAUGAUAAAGGCUUUUAUUGAUGAAUUCACAAACAUAGA